UCGCCAUGUCGCGUUUUUUCACCACUGGUACGGACAGCGAGUCCGAGUCGUCCCUGUCUGGGGAGGAGCUCGUCACCAAACCCGUCGGGGGUAACUACGGCAAACAGGCACUGUUGCUCAGUGAAGAUGAAGAAGAUACCAAGAGAGUUGUCCGAAGUGCUAAGGAUAAGAGGUUUGAAGAGCUGACUAACCUUAUCCGGACCAUUCGAAAUGCCAUGAAGAUUCGAGAUGUCACCAAGUGCCUAGAAGAGUUUGAGCUUCUGGGGAAAGCGUAUGGAAAAGCCAAGAGCAUUGUGGACAAGGAAGGUGUCCCCCGGUUCUACAUUCGGAUCCUGGCCGACUUGGAGGACUAUCUAAAUGAGUUAUGGGAAGAUAAGGAAGGGAAAAAGAAGAUGAACAAGAACAACGCCAAGGCCCUGAGCACCUUACGCCAGAAGAUCCGAAAAUACAACCGAGAUUUUGAGUCCCAUAUCACAAGUUACAAGCAGAAUCCUGAACAGUCUGCCGAUGAGGAUGCUGAGAAGAAUGAAGAAGAUUCAGAAGGAUCUUCUGACGAGGAUGAGGAUGAGGAGGGAAUCAGUGCUGCAGCCUUCCUGAAGAAGAAGUCAGAAGCCCCUUCUAGUGACAGUCGAAAGUUUAUCAAAAAGGUAGAGGAUGAAGAUGAGGACUCAGAGGAUUCAGAUGAUGAAGAAGAGUGGGACACGGAUUCUACAUCAUCUAGUUCAGACUCUGAGGAGGAAGAGGGCAAACAGGCUGCACCAGCCUCAAGAUUUCUUAAAAAGGCUCCCACCACAGAGGAAGACAAGAAGGCAGCGGAGAAGAAGCGAGAGGACAAAGCUAAGAAGAAGCACGAUAGGAAAUCGAAGCGCUUGGAUGAGGAGGAGGAGGACAAUGAAGGCGGGGAGUGGGAGCGGGUCCGAGGUGGAAUGCCCCUGGUUAAGGAAAAGCCAAAAAUGUUUGCCAAGGGAACUGAGAUCACCCACGCCGUUGUCAUCAAGAAACUGAAUGAGAUCCUGCAGGCGCGAGGCAAGAAGGGGACUGAUCGGGCAGCCCAGAUUGAGCUGCUACAGUUGCUGGUUCAGAUUGCUUCAGAAAAUAACCUGGGCGAGGGUAUUGCUGUAAAGAUCAAGUUCAAUAUCAUCGCCUCUCUCUAUGACUACAACCCCAAUCUGGCCACAUACAUGAAGCCGGAGAUGUGGCAGAAGUGCCUGGAUUGCAUCAAUGAGCUGAUGAACAUCCUAUUUGCAAACCCCAACAUCUUUAUUGGGGAGAACAUUCUGGAAGAAAGUGAGAACCUGAGCAAUCUUGACCAGCCAUUGAGAGUCCGUGGCUGUAUCCUAACUCUGGUAGAACGAAUGGAUGAAGAAUUUACCAAGAUAAUGCAAAACACUGAUCCUCACUCCCAAGAGUACGUGGAGCAUCUCAAGGACGAGGCCCAGGUGUGUGCCAUCAUUGAGCGGGUGCAGCGCUACCUGGAGGAGAAGGGCACGACCGAGGAGCACGCCCUGCACUCCCGCUGGUACCAGGCCCGGGAUCUCAUGCUCAUGAGCCACCUACAAGAUAACAUCCAGCAUGCCGAUCCACCAGUUCAGAUCCUGUACAACCGCACCAUGGUGCAGCUGGGCAUCUGUGCCUUCCGCCAAGGCCUGACUAAGGAUGCUCAUAAUGCCCUGCUGGACAUCCAGUCAAGUGGCCGGGCCAAGGAGCUGCUGGGCCAAGGUCUACUGCUCCGGAGCCUUCAGGAACGCAACCAGGAACAGGAGAAGGUGGAGCGGCGCCGGCAGGUGCCCUUCCACUUACACAUCAACCUGGAACUGCUGGAGUGUGUCUAUCUGGUGUCGGCCAUGCUCCUGGAGAUCCCCUACAUGGCCGCCCACGAGACUGAUGCCCCCCGGCGCAUGAUCAGCAAGCAGUUCCACCACCAGCUGCGGGUGGGCGAGCGACAGCCCUUGCUGGGUCCCCCCGAGUCAAUGAGGGAGCACGUGGUUGCCGCCUCCAAGGCCAUGAAGAUGGGAGACUGGAAGACCUGCCACAGCUUUAUCAUCAAUGAGAAGAUGAACGGCAAAGUGUGGGACCUCUUCCCCGAGGCUGACAAAGUCCGCACCAUGUUGGUUAGGAAGAUCCAGGAGGAGUCACUUCGUACCUACCUCUUCACCUACAGCAGUGUCUACGACUCCAUCAGCAUGGAGACGCUGUCUGACAUGUUUGAGCUGGACCUGCCCACAGUGCACUCCAUCAUCAGCAAGAUGAUCAUUAACGAGGAGCUGAUGGCCUCCCUGGACCAACCAACACAGACGGUAGUGAUGCACCGCACCGAGCCCACUGCACAGCAGAACCUGGCGCUGCAGCUGGCCGAGAAGCUGGGCAGUCUGGUGGAGAACAACGAGCGAGUGUUUGACCACAAGCAGGGUACCUAUGGUGGCUACUUCCGAGAUCAGAAGGAUGGCUACCGCAAAAACGAAGGCUACAUGCGCCGUGGAGGCUACCGCCAGCAGCAGUCACAGACCACCUAUUGA